GUCUGGAUGCAGGGCUGCUGUACGGGUUCAGGCGACGCUUGACUGUGAAUGAGGAGACCGCAAUCAUGGCGGCGGUGAUUCAGGUGGCCGACGAGACUUACCUGGCUCGGGAGACCGCUGGAGGCCGCGCUGCUGCGUUGCCUGCUGGGGGCGCGCUGCGGGCUUUCGACUUCGGGCUGCGCGGCGCGGGAGCUGGGCAGCAGCUGGUCGGUGCCGACGGUGGCGCUGCUGGGGGCAACGCUGAAGGUGCGGCCGCUCUGGUGGGCGUAGGGCCCGCGCGGGGACCUGGUCUUGGGGUCGCUGUUGGUGGUGCGGCCGCUGCUCAACCCGUGGGUGCUGGAGCACCUGGGCAGGCAGCGGCGGCCCCUGGGGCGGUCGCGGGCCCAGGUCCAUUCGCGGCUCCUGCUGCUCCGGAGUGGGUGAUGACGGAGACGACCGCCGCGGGAGACCGCGGAACGGUUGUGGCCUUGAAUGGGACGGAGCGACUCGGAGGCGACGUCGGGAUCACGAGGACCGACAAGGGCUGGAUCGGAAUCCGACGGGUGUCGCUCAGCCUGGCGCUCUACGCUGGCGCUGAGGCUGGACUUGACGCCAGGCUCCUGGGGAUCGCACUGCAGUCAGACGGCCAUCGCACUCGGAUCCAGUUUCGGGACGCUGUCGCCAAGUUCGAGCAGACGCCGCUUCCAGGAUGGCCGUUGGAGGGCCCCCGUUCGGCUGCGCGGCGCUUCGUCUUCAUCGACCGACGCCGCGGGGGCCCGCUGGAGCACUUCACGCAGUUCAAGAGUCAGUACCACUUGACGAACGAUGACUACGGCGUGGCCCACUACGAGAGCAUCAUGAGGAUGAUCGAGUUCCUAGCCUGCUGGGAUCAGGUGAAUCUUCCAGACCUCGUGGGCGUCGAGGUGGCCAUGCGACAGGCACAGCUCUACGAGCACGCGUACGCGAUGGAGGCGGAGGUACACCGGGAGCUGGAAGAUGCGGUCCGCCGCUUCGGAGAGCCGCCGCUGGACCUCGACGGCCCAGGAGCCCUUGCGGAGCUUCGGGUGUCUCAGGCGCACCACGGGGAGGCCGUGGCCAUCGCCCCGGUUGGCUUCGACAACGUCGACCGCAUUUCUCUGCCUGCGGUUGAGUUGGCCUCAGGCGGUGCUUUCAGCCAGAUCACCGUAGACGGGGAUGGCCCUAUCGCAGUGGCGGGCGUGGACAUCGCCGAUGCUUUCUACAACAUCCUGUUACGUCUGGGCAUCCAGGAGAUCUUGAGGCAAGACCGCUGUACUGGGGACACGCUCCGGAGGGUCAUAUCGCACUACACCUCUCGGGGCCUCAUCAGGCGGGAACUUCUGAGCGCUCUGAGUGCCGUGUACUCGUUCAUCCGCGUACCCUACCAUGUCCUGAAGGCCUCGCACGGCCUGUUGUUCGAGGAGCCCAUCAAGGUCUUCCCGAAGCCCCCAGAGGCCAAGUUCAGGAGCGUCUCGAAGGAGGUCUGGGGCGGUGUCUGGAAGCGCGUUCUCUUGAAGCCUUGGGAGCGCGAGGAGCCCCAGGUCAUCCUUGAGGGCAGGGCUCUGGUCAGCUGUCUAAAGCAUCUUCUUCGGAGCUCUCGGAACUUCAGACACACUCAUGUCAUCCUGAAUGACUCUAUGGCCCCGUUGCUGGCUUUGCUCAAGGGCCGGUCCUCAUCGGCGCCACUUCAGCGAGUACGCCGUCAGCUGAAGCUGAUCGAGCGGCCGCCGGGGAUGCCAGGCGCAGCAGCCCUUGCUCAGGUGACGGGCGGCUUGCCGAGAGGUCGGGGAGGACCGAGGACCAACGCGACCGUGGCUUCGUCUCGCCGCCGCCGGGCGUCAGCCUCUACGACGAGCCUUGCUGUCCGAGCUCGCGCGGAGAGCGACCGCCGCGCUGCCAGGCGCCUGCAGCGCCGCCAGGGCUACAGCCGGGAUAUCGUUCCGAAGCCCGGAGAGAGCCACUCGUUUCUGGAGCAGGAGUCGGCGUCCGCCGCCACCCGCCGGGAUUACGAGAGGCGAGCUCACAGCUUUUACCUCUGGGCCGAGCACUCGCGCCUGGAGACGGUGACCGAGGAGCAACUGGACGAGACCCUGGCGAUCUACUUCCACGAGCAAUUCCUGGAGGGGGGCGAGAGCACGGACGCGUGGAAGCUCUUCGCGUCGCUGGCCUUCGCGGGGCGCCACCUGGGCUUGAAGUACAGCAGCCUGCCGCGUGCGACCCGAGCUGCUCGGGGAUGGCGCAAGCUGGCUCCGCCUCGGUCGAGGCUUCCGCUGCCGUGGGCCGCCUGCUGCCUUGUCAUCCGCCAGUUAGUCCAGGCGGGACAACGAGUGCUUGCAGAACUCACGGCCUGGAACGCCAAGUUUGCCGCCGCGGCCAGGGACAGUGGUCUUCAGCCGUUGCUGCCGCUGACCCUUCACCAGCUCAGGCACGGAGGAGCGAGCCACGAGCUGCCGGCGCGGGCCCACACCCAAGACGAGGUGAAAAAGAGAGGUCGAUGGGCCACAGAUCAGGCC